UUAGCUCAACGGUUGUUAGGCAAGACAUCCCUCUCUUCUCCUUUCUGCGAUCCUUUCAACGGAUUGCAGAGGGAGGUGCCGGGGGCAGCCGCUUUUUCCAUCCCCACCCGUCCAUUUUUCUCUCUUUCUCUCUCUAUUUCUCAGAUGUUCGAGUACAUACGAAAAGAUUCAUCUUUCAGAAACCCAUUCAAUUGGGUGCUAGAGAAAGUAUAUAACAUGUGAAUUGUAAUCCUCAAGGGAAAUGCAGAACCCAUCAAGCCCUACCCCUUAUACCAGUAAUAACAAAAAUAACACUAACUUCAACGCGGUAUCAACAUCCGAGCUGCAAAUUUCCAAUGAGCCAUCACAGAUGACCGUAGUGGUGCCACCCAUCCCGGUGUUUUCUGGGAUGUCUGGCGCCACCAACGAACCUGGUUCCUCCUCGUCCAAUCGGCUAGCCCAUCGGCGGGCUUACUCGGACGGCAGUUUUAAGUUUGUCGAAGAUGACACCAUAGGCCCAUCCGGUGACCCACUGGAAGACGACGGAGAUGACCUUUUCUCUGCAUUCAUCGAUCUUGAAAAACUCGAGCAGAUCGAGGAUGAUAUUGCUGGUUGUUUAAUGGACCAGGACAGUGGCAGCGUUGGCGGCAGUGAAUCAGAAAGGAAGAGGAAGAAUACUACACCAUGUCAGAGGUUGGCUGAUAUUUGGUCCGCAGACCCGAAGCGAGCCAAGAGGAUUGUGGCGAACAGGCAGUCUGCUACUCGCUCGAAAGAGAGGAUUGCUCGCUAUAUAUCACAACUGGAGGAACAAGUCCGGCGCCUUCAGUUAGACACAACGAAUCUCUGUGCUCAAGUUGCAAAAUAUAAGAGAGACGCAAUGCAUCUGGCAACAAAGAAUGCCAAGCUGAACCUACAGUUAAAAUCUAUGGAGCAACAAGUCCAGCUGCGUGAUGUUCUGAACGAUGCGCUCAACCAGGACGUUGAGAUGUUCAAGCUUUCCAGUACCAGCAGCCAAAAAACUCUCAAUGAAUCAUUCAGCUUUAAAGUGCAGCCUUACAGCCCGUUAGCGUCUCCAUCGGCCCUAAAACCGACCGUGCCGUACAGCCCGUUAGCUUCUCCAUCAUCCACCUCUAGUACUUUGCCUCCAAGCCCAAUCGCAUUUCCAUCUCCUUCAAACUUGCUGUCACCAACUUAUAACCCAUCAGCCGCACUUUCUCCACGAAACACGAGUUUAUUUCCAGUUUCAAAGAAACCAGCUCCUCUGCUUGCAGAUAUGCCGCCUUUCCGAAAUCCCCGUGUUGGCCAGUCGAGUGGCCACGUUCGUCUGACAAGUCCCGCAACUCCCCUUGAGCAGAGAAAGUCUACCGGCCCCGCGGAUGCAAAAAGUCCCCCAUUUUCUUCCGUUGAAAAGAACUCCCCAACGCAAUAGCGACUCUGCGAUUUGUCAGUGGGUAUAUGCACGCACGUUUACGUGAUAUUCAAGGCCUGUUUGGUUAUCCCGUUUUAUCAUUUCACCAUCUUAUGGUCUUAUUUCGCAUAUGAAUUUGAAUGCAGUUGUGUUCAGAUUCAGACACAAAACAUGGAGAUAAGCCUAUAAGUGUGCAAUACGGGCCCUCAGGCGGUGAACUUCCAAAUAUUAUUGCCGUACUACUUAUGUAUUCAUGAGACUUUCACUAUUCAAAUUUUCUUUUCUUUUCGUGUGGCAUAACAUCUGGGAAUUGAGAGUCAUUGCAAAUGGAUGAGACGCCCCUUGUGUAUCCACUUUUGACAAUAUAGAAUGUAAAUAAAGUAUGUCUCUGUCUCUCUCGAAUGUAAAUAGUAUGU